AUGGCCAUGCACCGGCGGCAAGAGCCCAUCACCAUGCUCACGGCGCAUGACUUCCCCAGCGCACAUGUUGCCGACAGGACUGGAAUGGACAUGAUCCUCGUCGGGGAUAGUCUGGCCAUGGUCGCCCUCGGGAUGGAGGACACGAGCGAAGUGCAGCUCGACGACAUGAUCCUGCACUGCCGCAGCGUCGCCCGAGGCUCCAAAUCCGCUUUUCUGGUUGGUGACCUUCCCAUGGGCUCUUACGAGCUUUCGCCCGAGCAGGGUCUUGCGUCGUCCAUCCGCCUUGUGAAAGAAGGCCGCAUGCACGCCGUCAAGCUGGAAGGAGGCGCAGAGAUGGCACCUACCAUUGCCAAGAUCACCACCGCUGGCAUCUCCGUUCUCGCCCACAUCGGCCUCACGCCACAACGACAAAAUGCUCUCGGCGGGUUCCGCGUCCAGGGCAAGUCCACGUCCGGCGCCAUCAAGCUUCUUCAAGACGCCCAGGCCGUACAGCAAGCCGGAGCCUUUGGAGUCGUCCUCGAAGCUGUGCCUGCGGACGUUGCAACACUAAUCACCAAGAAACUGCGGAUCCCUACCAUCGGCAUUGGUGCGGGCAACGGAUGCUCAGGGCAAGUGCUCGUCCAGGUCGACAUGUUGGGUAACUUCCCCCCCGGCAGAUUCUUACCCAAGUUUGUGAGGAAGUAUGGAGAUGUCUGGAGCGAGACGUCCCGUGCGAUUGAGGCCUAUCGGAAAGACGUGAAGGAACGGAGCUACCCUGCUCCCGAGCAUACAUAUCCCAUGCCUCGGGAGGAGUUCGAGGAAUUCGAGCGCCUUGCGCAUCGUGACCAUCCGUGA